UUCUUGUCCCUCCAGCACAACUACACACAACUCAACAUCUUCAUUCGCAUUCCACCCAACUCUCUCCUCCAGUGGACUCCUUACUUCAUCUCCAUCGCAUCUGUUAGACCCUCAAGCAGUCACCAGUCUUCCUGUCUAUCGGCCCAAUCCCCCUUCGCGGCACUGUGUGGUAAAUCCCGCUAGUCCACACCUGGUGCCUGCUGCCACUCGUCGCUCAACCUGUCCUCCCUCCUCUUCCACAAUUGACACGGCGUCGGUGUUCUCGAUCCCUCUCUCCUCCCAGAUUCGAGCGGCCCUUACUCUGUCAGCACUUGACUAAAAGUCAUACUUGACAUUGAUCCCAACAGCGAACACGCCGACUGUUGUCCAGGCCUGCCUCAAAUUAUCACCUGACACACCCUAUAUCUCAAGAGCAUGGCAGACAAUUCAUCAGCCCCCAAACCUAGCAGCAGCGUCAAGCUUGUGCUACUGGGCGAGGCUGCCGUUGGAAAGUCAUCUUUGGUUCUCCGCUUCGUUAACAAUGAUUUCCAAGAAAAUAAAGAACCAACCAUUGGAGCGGCUUUUCUGACGCAGAAAAUCUCUCUUCCCAAUCGAAUCAUCAAGUUCGAAAUCUGGGACACCGCGGGCCAAGAACGUUUCGCGUCGUUGGCGCCCAUGUACUACCGCAACGCCCAGGCCGCACUUGUCGUGUACGACCUGACCAAGCCCACCUCCUUGACCAAGGCAAAACAUUGGGUUGCAGAAUUGCAGCGACAAGCUUCCCCUGGAAUCGUCAUUGCCCUGGUUGGAAACAAACUAGAUCUGUGCGCGGAAUCUUCAUCAUCCGAUGCCGAAGAAACACCAGCUGCCUCGGACGCCGAGUCAGGCACAGAAGGAGACGGCGAGCCUGGCGAGGCCGAACCUACUGAUGACGGUGACGCAAGAAAGAUCUCGACUCGCGAAGCAAAGUCAUAUGCUGAGGAGGAAUCACUCCUGUUUUUCGAGACAAGCGCCAAGACUGGUGUCAACGUUGCGGAUGUGUUCAGUGCUAUUGCCAAUGCCAUUCCUGAGACUAGCCUGAAAGGAUCAAGAGGCGCAAGUGGUGGCGGAACCCAGGCUGCCUUGAGCGGUGCCGCCAACCGCGCUGAAGAGGCCAGAGUCAAUUUGGCCGAUCGGACAAAACAGAAGGGAGGUGACAACUGUGCUUGCUAGAAUAAUCCUAUGUGGAUUUGCUUUGGAGUCGGGUGGUUGGGUCUAUCGGGGUUUAAUCACGUCCUUGAUGCUCGAGAGUUCAGACGAUGCUCUCGCGCUCGUUGUUGCUACAGUGGAUAAGAUGCCGCGGAUUCUACUUUUUAGCACCAGAAAGCAGUCUCACGGCAAUGACAUGGACAUAGUCGUCGAGACAAGGAAUCAUUUCAGAAUAUCCGUUUGAUCUAUAGGAUGCAUCGUCAAUCAUGUUUUAUUCUUUAGUUGAAAUGGGCCAGAGCCGUGCCAUGUCUUCACAGAUACGCGACGUAGCUCAACCAAAUAGGAGCACCUACAUACAUCGUUACGAGAUCUUGA